UCAACACGAUCGGUUGAUAGAAUGAGAAACUCUUGUGUAGCUCUCUGCCUGUGGCUCUGCGUGCUAGGCACAAGUCUGGCUGUAAGGGAAAACUAUUGCGAACGGAAUGUGACAACGAAGACUUUGAUGCCGGUCACUAAGCAACGGACUGUGAUCAAACAGCCUCCCAAGUGGAAGUUGUGGAAGAAGGCGGAGAAGAUUACCGAAUUCUACAAUACGCACGAGGAGCAGAUUAGCUACAAGCUCGUUUCGGAAUGUUGCCCGGGCUAUUUGCAGGUGGAGUCCGAACUGUGUGAGCCCGUGUGUGAGCGUGGCUGCCCCGCUUUUGCAAGCUGUGUAGCUCCACAGCGCUGUCAAUGCACCACCGGCUAUAUCUCGGCCGUUGCACAUCGCGAUGGCAGCCACUACUGUGAACCCAUCUGCGAGCGCAGCUGUCCAACGGGCUCACAUUGUGUGGCUCCAAAUACAUGCGAGUGUAAGCCAGGCCAUCAGCCUUUGCCGCCCACCGGAGAUGGAGUUAGUGCGCCCUGUGCACCUGUUUGCCAGGUGGGCGAUGGCUGUGCCAAUGGCCAGUGCGUCGAUGUGGAAGUCUGUGCGUGUAAUCGUGGCUAUUUCUGGAAUGCCGAGAGCAGCAGCUGCCAGCCGCGCAACAACGAGAUGAUGAUGUUGACCAGCGAUGAUGUCACCGAGCUGGAGGAGCACCUAAACAAAUCACCAUCCACCCCAUCGGCCUUCAUUGCCGCCGACUGUGAAGUGGGCUUCAUACUCUAUGCGGGCGAAUGUCGCGCCGAGUUCUUUGAGAGCAGCGAUGGCAAAGCAAAGGAAAGCCAUUGUACUCCAACGAGCUGUGGGCAACAUCAGACCUGUAAUGCUGAGGGCAAGUGUGCCUGCAAUGCGGGCUAUGUGGAGGAGGAGCGAGAGGAUGUGAAUGCAAAACUCUCGUGUCGUCGUGGCCUGCUGGAGCAACUGUUGAGCAUCGAUCAGGCUGCCGAUGAUGACAAUGAAUUAAACACUCUAACUAUACCCAUUGUGGGCGUGGCAUCGGGUGCACUGUUAGUGAUUGUGAUUGUGGGCCUGGUCACUAAAGUGAGUCGGCGACGCAAGCAUGAACCGAACGAAUCACUGCCCGAGGAGCCGGUGCUACAGUGUGAAUAUACGCAGAAGUCAUACGAUGUGGAUGAGUGGGUGCCAUAGAAAGAGGAAGAGAAGCCCAAGGAGCCGAAGGAGCAGAUGCAGCCGCUAGAGGGCAUUGGCUGUGUGUGUUG